GAGAGAGCGCAGCGCAGGGGAGGAGGAGGCGCUCCUCUUCUGCACACCCUCCCCGAAACGAACGAUAUUGCACUUAUAAUAACGCACAUCUGCUCAAGGAAAUAAAAAGUACAAAUAUUGGAAAAAUGGAUACUGCGCACGCGAUGUUUUCCUAGUUUUCUCCCCCCCGUUAUUCUUUUUCCCUCUCUCUUUCUGCGUGUGAGCGUGUCGCUCGGAAAGUCCAGUUCGGUUUUUGCGUGGAGCUCCCGAGAUCCACGCGCUGUGUUUGCAUGUUCUCCUCCACGAGCGGGGAUGUAGAGGUGGGACAGCCGCGCUCCCGCACGCUCGCCUCCGACAAAGUGCGUCUCACAGCGGCUCCUCGCUCGGGCUCCCUCGCCCUCCGUUCGCCGGGGGCUUCUGCUCUUUCUCCUGGGUUCCGCUCUGAUUUUUUCCCCCCAUAUUUUUUCGUCCUCCGUCCCCGCAGCAGGCGCGCACAAGGACCCCCUCGGACUGCGGGAUCGCGCCCCUCCGCUCGGACCCGCUUUGCCUUCAAUUGUUCCGAGGAAAGAUGCGGGCGAAGGCGGCGAUCUAGAGCGAAGUCAGGGGCUCCGGGGGCUUCCAGUGGCAGACUCACCAGCAGGGGUGUGGUCACUCUCACCUGGGCUUUGAACAGACGGUCGGCAUCGGCAGCACCCCGCACGCGCUGGACCAUGUCUGGCGGACACUCCGAGGGCAGCCGAACCACCGAGGCCCUGGACAAGAGCAGCUGCAGCGAAGACGCCCAGCCCCCUGUGACCGAGCGCCGCAACCGGAGUGGCAUCAUCAGCGAGCCGCUGAGUAAGAGCCUGAAGAAGUCGCGCACCCUGUCGCAGUAUACGGCCAGCUGCUCCGUGGCCAAUGGACUCUCGCAGAAUGGCGUUGGUGCCGGCGAGGUCAAGAGCAACUCUACCUCCACACAGCAGCGGCAGCCCGCGGCACCGGCCAAGUCAGAGCGGGCCUCAGAGCCGGCACUGGAGGGACUCAACGGGCUGCACUUUGCCCAGGCUGCGGAGCUGCUGAAGCGGGCGGGCAUGCUGCUGCCCGGAGAGCAAGGUGCGGGCGACCCGGAGGGAGUCUCUGGCGGCGAUGCCAUCGGCAGCCCCGCAGACUUCCCCUACAUGGCCGGCUUCCCCUUCAACCCCGGGCUCUUCAUCAUGACGCCCGCCGGAGUCUUCCUCGCCGACAGCGCUCUGCACAUGGCCGGCCUGGCGGAGUACCCCAUGCAGAACGAGCUGGCCUCCGCCAUCAACUCGGGCAAGAAGAAGCGGAAACGGUGCGGCAUGUGCCCGCCCUGCCGCCGGCGGAUAAACUGCGAGCAGUGCAGCAGCUGCCGGAACCGCAAGACGGGUCACCAGAUCUGUAAAUUCCGCAAAUGCGAGGAACUUAAAAAGAAACCUUCUGCGGCUCUCGAGAAGGUGAUGUUGCCGACGGGAGCAGCGUUCAGAUGGUUCCAGUAGGACUUCAACCCCCAAAGCUCUGUCAUCGAAGUGCAAUGCCACUGCUCGCUUUGACUCUCGGGCUGAAAAACAAACAAAAAAGUGAAAAAUAAUAAAUAAUAAUGGAUGCACCUACUUUUUUCCUGAACCAAAAAUAAACAUUGAGAAGUCUAUGGCAACUUUCAUUCCUUUUUCUAUGUUCUGUUUUGGUACCGUUUGUCCUUUUUCCAGCAGUUUUUGGUCACUUUGACAUGGAAGUUUUCAUUGCCAAACAGAAACAAGGGACUGAGUGUGGACAAUCAGCUAAUUUCUGUGUCUGGUGUUUAUGUCGUUUACGUGUGGACAGAUAAAGUACUUGUGUAGAGAAUGUAAAUUUAUGGCUAUAUUUUAAAACUAGCGACUAAUGACAAGCACUAUUGUAAUUUAGCACCAUUGUUCUUACUUACCACCUUCUGUAUUUUGAUUGAGUUUUUUAAUUAUAUUUUUGUUUUGUUUUGUUUUUUUUCUGUCAUAAAUCUAUAGUUUUGAAUUUGCUCAAUGUUUGUUAUUAAACAAAAAAAGUUACAAAAAAACAAAACUUUUAAGAUGUAGCAUCCCAUUUUCUGAUUGAAAGAAAAAUUCUUGUUUGCCGACUGGCUGCAGUGCACUUCCUGUCCCCUCCCGCCCCCAAGCGCCAAGCCUCCCCCACGACAGCGCCCCCAGCUUCGCAUCCCUCUUCCUGCAGGUUCAGAUGGUGUCGCACACCAGCAUCUCCCCUGGAAACGUUCGAACCCUCACCUGUUUUUCUACUCCUUCCUCGUGCGAGAACCAGCCUCCUUGCGCUUCGGAGGCCUCGGCGUCUGCGGGAUCCUGGUCCCAUCCUCACCUGAGCACUGAGAGAAUUUCGUUUUUCCGUGAUGCUAACAGAUCUACAUCUUUUGGAGAAAAAAAGAGGAAAAAAAAAGAUAAACGGUGAUGUUUGUAUUCAUUUAGAAAUUUGGCCUGAUUUUUGUGAAUAAAAAUGAAUGCAUGUAUUUGUGUCAAAACCUACAGCUCUGAGGUCUCUCUACUUUUAU